AUGGCUCCCCUCCGAGCUGUCAUCUUUACAUACCUGCUGUUGUUAGGUCCGGCCGCAGCCUCUCAGCCAAAUCUGGUGCUGAUCUUCGCCGAUGAUCUGGGCUUCGGGGACCUGGGCAGUUACGGUCACCCCACGUCCCUGACCCCCAACCUCGACAAGCUAGCGGAGGGAGGACUGCGCUUCACCGACUUCUACUGCACCAGCCCCGUGUGUAGCCCCUCCAGGUCAUCUUUACUGACGGGACGUUACCAGACCCGCACAGGCAUCUACCCUGGCGUGCUGUACCCAGACUCUGUGGGGGGUCUGCCGCUGAAUGAAAUCACCAUUGCAGAGAUUUUGAAGCCUGCAGGCUAUGCCACCGCAGCCAUGGGCAAGUGGCACCUGGGCUACGGGGCCAAUGGGACGUACCUCCCAACCAACCAGGGCUUUGACCACUACUUGGGGAUCCCCUAUUCCCACGACAUGGGCCCUUGUCAAAAUCUAACCUGCUUCCCUCCUGACGUGAAGUGCUUUGGUCACUGCGACGUUGGCACUGUAACCGUCCCGGUGAUGAGAAAUGACAAAAUCAUUCAGCAACCAGCCAACUUCCUGGAGCUGGAAAAAGCAUACAGCAAUUUUGCAACGAAUUUCAUUCUAUCAUCGGCCCAGAAGAACCAGUCUUUCUUCCUGUACUACCCCUCCCAUCACACGCACUACCCUCAGUACGCAGGCCGAAGAGCUGCUGGGAGGACUCCGAGGGGGCCUUUUGGAGACGCUCUAGUUGAGUUGGACGAUACAAUAGGAGACAUUAUGAUCACCCUGGAGAAAGCGGGAGUCAUCAAAAAUACACUUGUCUUUUUCACCGCAGACAACGGACCUGAACUGAUGAGAAGGUCCAGAGGAGGAAACGCUGGCCUGCUGAAAUGUGGCAAAGGGACCACUUAUGAAGGCGGCAUGAGGGAGCCCGCCAUCGCCUAUUGGCCUGGAACUAUUGCACCAGGUGUGACUCAUGAAAUGGGCAGCAUUCUGGACAUCCUGCCGACCUUUGCCUCGCUGGCCGGGGCUAAACUUCCCUCAGUCAUACUGGACGGAGUGGAUCUGACUCAAGUUCUCAUUCAUCGAGGAAUGAGUGAGCGUGAGACGAUGAUGUUCUAUCCGACGGACCCCAGUGAAAAGUACAGCCUUUUUGCUGUGAGGUACAAACAGUACAAGGCACACUUCUAUACAAGAGGUGCCUCUCACAGCGCGACCACGCCUGACGCGGACUGCCCUGCGUUAGCGUUCCUGAAGGCUCACGACCCUCCUCUGCUCUUCAAUGUGGAGACGGACCCCUCAGAGCACUAUCCGCUGUCGCUGUCAGACAAACCUGAGCUGAUGAACAUUGUGGAGAAGAUAAAGCAGCUGAAAGCCCAGUUUGAAGACACUAUGGUCUUUGCACCGAGUGAGAUAUCAAAGGGAACGGACCGCUCUCUGGUGCCCUGUUGUAAUCCUGAGUGCAGCCCCAAACCAACCUGUUGCAGAUGUGAAUAA